AUGGGACAAGACAGACCAGCCACCGAAGCGGAGGAGCGUCCUCCCCUGCCACCCAGACCGUCGACAUCAGCCUCGGUCGACCCCAAGAAUCUCCAAGCCCAGGCUACCACCGCCGUUACACCGCUGGAGAUACAAACAUUGUCGUUUCCCGAUGGAUCGCGAGGCACCUUUUCGACACCCGGCGCCGGGGCGGCGUCUAAUCCCGUGGACAGUGGGUCAUCCACGCCAAGAAGGGACAAGGACAGCACGAGUCCAGACAAUGACGACGCAGCGAGCGUGACAAGCUUCGCGCCUACCAUGCGACCAGCUGCAGACAUUGCGAGUCUCCUGGCUGGGGGCUUGCCCAAGAGGAGUCCAGCUUGGAAUCUGCUACGCACCCAAUCGUCCAACGUACAUCCCUUUGAGAAGAGUCAGGGCGCGCCAGAUAAGUUUGACGAUUUUGCGCGAGAGUUCGACGCACUUCCCGAGGAUUCUAGCGAACACUACGGUGACGAGGAGCGGCUCGCCAUUUGGAAAUCCAAGCUUAAACAUUACAUGAUCAUUUCGGCCGCCGGAAAGCCAAUCUGGAGCCGCCAUGGGGAUCUUGCCCUGAUCAACUCCUCGAUCGGGGUCAUCCACACCAUUAUCUCGUUCUACGAGGGCGCCAAGAACCCACUCCAGGGUUUCACGGCAGACCAGACCCGGUUCUUCGUCUUGACGCAAGGGUCUCUCUAUUUCGUAGCAAUCAGCAAGUUGGGCGAGAGUGACUCCCAGCUUCGGUUUCAACUUGAAGCUCUCUACAUGCAGAUCCUGUCAACCCUGACCCUCCCAACAUUGACUCACAUCUUCGCCAACCGCCCGUCAAGCGACUUGCGCAAACCACUACAAGGGACAGAGUCACUCUUGUCUUCCCUAGCGGAUAACUUUACCAAAGGUUCACCCACCGCUUUGCUGGGUUCGUUGGAGUGUCUCAAGCUCAGAAAGUCGCAGAGACAUACGAUCAACAACACGUUCCUGAAAAACAGGACUGACAAGCUCCUCUACGGACUCAUUGUAGCAGAUGGAAAGCUUGUCAGUGUCAUCCGCCCGCGACGACACUCACUCCACCCGAGCGAUCUGCAGCUCAUCUUCAACAUGUUGUUUGAAGCGGAAGGCGUAAGAGGUGGAGGUGGUGAGAAUUGGAUUCCGCUGUGUUUGCCUGCAUUCAACAACCGAGGCUACCUAUACAUGUACGUCAGUUUUCUCGAUGAAGAGGGCCCAGAUGUGAAAGCACCAGGCCCGGAGCAAACAUCCUCAACGGCACAGGGCGAAGUAGCCAUGGUCCUCAUCAGCACGGAGAAGGAGAGCUUCUUUGAACUUCAGCAGAUGCGCAAAGAUGUUGCGCAACAGCUGGCCAAGAGCGGGAGCCUUGCAAUCAUCCGUGCUGCGGCACGAGCGGGUCGCCCCCGAGUGGAUGGGAUAGCGCCAGGAAGCCAUAUCAGCCACUUUCUCUUCAAGUCGCGUGCCAAUGUCCAAUACUGCAUGGGCUCCCUGGAUGCCCUCUUCGCAGAGCUGGAUGAGCGGAGAAAGCUCAUGACCAUUUACCAUGAACUGCAUGCGUCUGUGCAUGCCAAGUUGGCGCACCUCAAGGUCCUGCACUCGACGCGGCAAGAUGCCACAGCCUUGGCCUGGAUCACGCCCGUCUUCGAAUUCUACUGCGUAGCUGGACCCAACAUGUCGAGAGCAAUGAUGACGCAAGGUGCGAACAAGAUCAUCCAGUGGGCCAAGAAGGAGGAGGAGCGUUUAUUCAUCAUCGGAGGGGGUGUUUUCUGA